CGAAAAUGUGAAUUCACACAAUGUCUGCGAAUCUUUAUAAAAUGUUUACAAAACAUAACAUUCUCGCGAACUUUAAAAACUGCCCCCAGAUUUUAAAAUAUGUCAUAGAUUCAAAAAACGCCCAUGAGUUCUGAAAACAUUCUUCAAAACAGAAAGACAUCCAUGCAUUUGAGAAAUUGCACCCAAAUUUUUAAAAAGGUUUGUCCAUUCAAAAAAAUGUUUGCUGAUUGUAAGAACAAACGUCCCUUGAACGUUCCGAAAACCGGAAAGGAGUCCACCAGCGGCCCACUAAAAAAACAAGAAAACCCCGCCAAAUAGGACCGGCCCAGCUGCGGAAUGGGAAGGGAAGGGAUAAUGUUCCUGAAACAUUUCUGAGACGAAGCGUAGAGGCAGAGGUCGCUGAUGGCCAUGAGCAUGGCAGCGGCAGCCUCCCCGUCUUGCUCGCUGCCUCCAUGGCCUGCCUCCACCUCCUCCACACGCAGCAGCCUCCUCCUCCUCCACACCGCCACCGCCACCGUCGCCCGGCGAGCCGUUUCUCCGAGCGCGCGCCGCCUUGGCCGCCCGCGGGCGCUGCCGGAGACGGCGCUGGUGGCGGCCGGGGUGGCGGCGGCGGGGGUCGCCGCCGCCGCCGUCCUCCUGCGUGGCGACCGAAAGACCGACCAGCUGGCGCCCAGUAGGGAGCAAGGCGAGAACCAGGCGGCGGCGACGGAGGAGUGCUCGGCGUGCGGCGGGAGCGGCCUCUGCCCGCGGUGCAAGGGGGAGGGGUUCGUGUUCAAGGAGGUCGGCGAGGAGGCGGCCGGCCGGGCGCGGCGGGCCGCCAAGAACAUGGCCACCCGCUACACCGCCGGCCUCCCCACCAAGUGGACCUACUGCAACCGCUGCUCCUCCACCCGCUCCUGCACCGCCUGCGACGGCGCCGGCGCCGUCCCCGUCCGCGCCACCACCACCACCACCACCAGUUAGCCUAGCCAGAUCUGCCUCUGUUCUCUUCUUCAGUAAUAUAUAAUUUGCUGCAUCCCACUGUUCUUCUUCUGCCAUGAAUCAAUCCUCAUCUACAUCCUGCUGCUACUCAUGUAUCAUGUAUGUAUAUAUAUAUAUAUAAUUAUAUAUAGAUCCAUCCAUGGUCUAUCCUGAUCUA